AUGAAGGUGACGGUCCCCGCGGGCGCGGCGCCGAACAAAAUGCUGCAGGCCACCUCGCCGACCGGCGAGCGCGUGGCCUUCUUCCCCCCGGCCGGCGCCGGCGGCCGCGACGUCUACCUGCCCUUGGACGACGCGACGGCGGGGCCCGCGCCGCCGCCCGUCGCCGCGCCGAUACCGGCGCCCGGUGGCCAGCUGACGUGGGACGAGGCCGACGCCGCGACCGUGGCGCCGCCUGCGCCUACGCAGCCAUCCGCCGCGCCGCCGCAGCCGCAGCCCGCGGCGACCGCGGCUCCCGGAAUGAUAGAGAUUCAGGUGCCCGAGGGCGCUGUGCCCGGCGCGACGCUCGAGUUCCAGCUGGACGACGGCAGGACCCUCGACGUGACGGUGCCCGAGGGCGCCCGCGCGGGCGACCGCCUGCAGGUGCCCACGGACGCCGCGGACGCGCCGCCGCCGCCGCCCGCGGUGCCGCGACAAACCGGCACCGCGGAAAGCAUCGAGAUACAGGUCCCCGAGGGCGCGGUGCCCGGGUCGACGCUCGAGUUUACGCUUGAUGACGGCCGGACCAUCGACAUCACGGUGCCCGAGGGCGCCCGCGCGGGCGACCGCCUGGAGGUGCCGGUCCCUCCCCUCUCGCCCUCCGCGGGCCCCGACGGCGACGCGGCCGACUGGGACGAGGGGCCCGACGACCUCGACGAGAUCGAGGAGAUGGAGUAG